GGCGAUGUUGACGGCGCCAUCGCGGCGUAUGCCGUCCUUCUGACGGCUUUGGACUCUGCCCAGGAAGCAGGCUUCCCUCUCCUGAAGGAAGGCGGCGCUCUGGUCCUGGAGGUCCCCGCGGCCUUGGAGGCCUCCGUUCGACGCUUGGUGCUGGAAGCCCCAAAGGCCAAAGCCCAGGAGUUCUGGCAGAUGGUUUCGAAGGGCGGAUCUUGA